GACCAAAGAAUUUAAAUGCUAUUAAAAAAGGCAAAGCUAAAGUUGUUGAGAUAGAUGUUGAUGAAGAUGAUAGUAUUGAACUGGUUGAUGAUGAUGAGGAAACGAAAGAGGAUGAGGAAACAGAGAUGGUUGAAGUAGAAGAAGAUGAUGCUGAUGAAGAUCUUAACCUUGGAGAUAAUGAAGAUUGA